CGGAGCCGGCGCCCGGAGGAGCAGGAGGAGAGGUCGGAGCCGUCUCCAGGAGCCCUUAGAGACCGAGUCCCCGGCGGCGGCGGCGGCGGCGGGGGGAACGCACCGGCAGGCGAGUGGGCACCGAGCGGCGGGCGCAGAUUCAUUCUGCCACUUACAACCUAAAAACGGUGGGCGAGAGGAAGUCUUACUGAAAAUUAUGUAGCAUCCAACUGAUGUUCCCAAGUCUCCCAGGGAGCAGUACUUGCAAAGAAAGCGAGAUGACGGGCCUGCUUCAUAACUUAGCUCCUGCUGCCAGAAGCAUUGCAGUCCUCUUUAUCAAUUGCUCUUUGAGUUUUCUGAAGUUUUAAAAUGUUUUAGGUAGAAACAAUAGUUGAAGAUGUCUAGCAAAACGGCAAGCACCAACAACAUCGCCCAGGCCAGGAGGACCGUGCAACAGUUGAGAAUGGAAGCCUCCAUCGAGAGAAUAAAGGUUUCAAAGGCGUCAGCGGACCUCAUGUCCUACUGCGAGGAGCACGCCGGGAGCGACCCUUUGCUGACAGGGAUACCGACCUCAGAAAACCCUUUCAAGGAUAAAAAAACUUGCAUCAUCUUAUAGAGGAACAGUGAAGUGGCUCCUCGCCUCUUCUCAACAAAGCAAAUUAUGAGCAGCUCCUUGGAAGAAAUUUACCUUCAGCUUAUUUGGUAACCACUGCAAAUAACUAAAAUACUCUAACUUGGAAUAAUCGACUCUGACGUCUUUAUUUUCCAAGUUGCCCUUUCUCUAAAACACCUUUUACUGAUUUAAUCCAGAAUAACAAUCUUCUUUUCCAUUUGAUAACGAUGAUGUCCUGUUGGGUUACUGCUUCAGAAAAGGUGGUUUGGGCCAUUUCCAAAAAAAAGACAAGUAUAUACUUCUUUUAAAUAUAUGAAUAACCCAAUUAUAUCCUGACCUAAAUUACCCAAGUACCUGUCUAGAUUAAAAUGCCAAGAAUUACUUCAGUCCUAAACCCUUUACAUCCUAGUAUGUUCUUAGUCGGGUUGUGCCAGGAGUACAGUGUGCGUGCGUGAGGAGUGUGCUGUGUGUAUAUACGACUUUGUAUAUACACACGUCCAUGCUUAUUUCCUGAGUAAAAUGUCUCUCUCUCCGUGCCCUCAGUUCCACUCCAGAAGUUAUACCUUUGUCUUGAGCUGUGUGUAGGUAGGGUAAGAUUUUUCAUGUCGUGGACUGUACAAAAACUAAGAACAUCCUAAAGAUGGUAGCCACUGUAAUUGAGUAAUGAAGAAAUCGGGCUGACCUCUUAAGCUAGAAUCAGCUGUCCCAAUUAAAGUUAAAAACUGAACUACAAGCCCUCUCAGGAGGUAUUCACAAGGGAGCCUUUUGGGCUUCAGUGAUCCUGAGUCCAGAAGGGGGGGGGGGACUGUGGGCAGCUGUGCCCGUGGGGCUCAUGUUCUCUGGAUUAGAGCUGGAUAGCUCUGAAAUGUCCACCCUCAUGCUUGGAGGGAGGCAGAGUGCACAUGAGCCCGGCCCAGAGAGGAACAGGCAUGUGUGAAAGCCAGCUGCUUUUUUAGCCAAACCUGGUGAUUUCCUCCUCUCUGCCCUGCCCUUUAUCUUUCCUCUCCUGUGAGGACAGCUGUUUCCAGAGGUGGUAUUCACCUCCCCGGCCCCACGUGGUGGGAAAGAAAGAAACGUACCAAAGCCAAAGGUAUCGGACACUAAAGCGCUUUUCAAAUACCUGCUGGGCCAUGGUGGUGUUCCCUACCUUGUCCACAAACCACCCAGGGCAGGCAGGGUUCCAGGGUACACUACUUGGGCUUCAGGGGUUCCUUGAUGUUCCUCUGGGUGUGAACGGAGCCCUCACAUCCUUGGACUUGCCCGUGGGCAUCCUGAGGAAUCUCCUGUGGCCAGAGAGUAUUUUAGUUUUAUCAAAGAGGGAGAAAGGGUCCCUUUUUUAACAAAAUUGCUCACUUAAGGGCUCAAACCAUACAUAAGCCUUUGAUAUUCUAAUUCAUCUUUAGUUCAUUAAAAUAUCUACUAGUGAAGGAUUCAGAGCUUAUUUUCAAAAAGGAUCCAACCCCAGUAUGGAAUUAUUUAGAGCGGUUUCCCCUAGUUCUGUACAAUCUUGCUCUGCAACGCAAGCCCCUUUUAAAAUCUAAGGCCUGAGUUUUGAGUAUGAAGCUGAUUGUGGGUGAACAGAUGUGGGGCUAUUUUUAAACUGCUCAAAUAAAGUCAGGAUUGCCCCAGACACCUAUCUGUUCGCAUUGUGAACUGCCCUCACUUUUCCAACAUCAUGUGAAAAUCAUGCCACUGGCCUUAACCUCUUGUCAUCUACCGCUUGGUUUUGCAAUAGCCCCAGUUUCCAAGUAAGUUAGAGGAACCUGUUUAGGAGAGAGAAAGGUGAAAUUCGACAUGUACACUAAAAAGACAUUACAUUCAAUGCUUCACUGAAUGAGGCCUUUUCUUUUAACAAGUCUGUUUUUCUACAGAUAGUUUCAGAACACUAAUCUUAUUUUCAUUCUGGUUUCAACAUUUUUCUUUAAGUAUUUAUAAUGCAGCUUGUUAAAUAUUUUUAUGAAAUUUUAUUAUACCUUUUUGGUGUAUGUGCACCUUUUCAGCAGCAAGCAUAGUUUAUUCUUUAGUACUAAAUUAUGUCCUUUUUGCCUAACAGAAAACAAAUAUGUUUUGCUCUCUGUUGAUACGCUUGUAGUGGUAAGGAAGGGACUCGAGGUCCCAGGAGAUUUCAUUUUCGCUGGUAAGAUAUCAUAAAGGCUAGGAGUAUGAAUGUCAUGUAACUUCCUAACUAGGUCUAGGGCCUGCUCAAGAGAAGUGAAAUCCUAUCCUUGGAUGCUGGACCCAGUGGGGGAAAAAAUGUAGCUAAAUGUUGAUUGACUUACAACUAGACGUCUAUGUAAGAAAAUCUAUGUAUAGGAUAUGCAGAAGUCACUUAUUUAUCAGGCUUUAUUCUACUUAUGAACCACAAUUUAACUGUCUGCAGUAGCUGGUUUAUAAUGGACAAAUGCCCAGUAUGUGUAUUUUUUCCAGCUGCCACUAUAAAGACACAAUCACAUAACAUACAUGCAACUUCUUGACUUCGUAUCUAUGAAGCUAUUUAAGUAUGUUCAUUAUAUUUUUGUCUUUAAUGUUGCUUCUAGUAACAGCGAUCUCUUUUUUCAUUCUUAUAUGUUCAGUAGUGCAUCAGUCUGCCCAAUUGAGGCCUCAGGACCAUGGCAAAAUAUGCUAGACAAAAGUUCAUGACUCCAAAGUAUUUUACAGAAACACAUUAUACCAGGUCGUUCACAAGGUCUAGGCUGUAGUUACUUUUUCUUCUAAAAAGAAUCAGUUUUUUACAUUUCCUUUCCUUAUUAAAAUCAAAGUGCCAUAAUGAUCUUUUAAAGGAAGGACCCGACUUGCUUUCUCUCUGUACUGUUUUUGUACUUUGUCAAAAAAAUUAUACCAAUGAUUUAGUGAUUUUGAGGCAUAGGUUUAGGUAGUAGAGAAUGUGCUAAACUUGGCUUCACAUGCCCUCUGUGCCAAUUUACAGCCGAGAUAAGUGUCAUCUGAUGAUUCCAAUUAUCGACUGAAGAUCUAUAGAGGUCCAAGAAAUGAACUACAGUACAUGUCAGUCCUUCUCAAUAAAAUACUGGAGUGUGUUAUGAAUUGUAUCGAUUUCUUUUAUGGUAGAUCUCUUAAUAGAAACAAAAUACAUGAAUCACAUAGAAUGAUGUGUAGAGUAAAACAGAGCGCUUACCUAAAGUUGGGUGGCCUGGAUCGUAGCCUUGGAUCUUCUUCCAGCCAAUCCUGUGUCCCUGUGUCGUGUGACUUUGGACAAGGCGCUUCAUCUCGCUGGGCCAUUUCACCAUCUGUAAAACAGGAGGCUUAAAGUAGAGGAUGGUGGAGACUCCCCCCAGUCCCCUCCGAUGCCUCGGUCCAGCAGCCUACCCUCUACGGGUCCUGCCAACGUGUCGGUGCUAUAAGCUGCUUCAAAUAUAAAAUGGGUUCGUCUAUCAUAUAUACUCAUUUAAUAGCUUAUGAAAGGCCUUUUUGUUUUGUUAUAUAGCCUUUUCUAGUUUUAUGGACUUGAUUACUGUAAUGUCUUGUUUUUAGUCAUGUCGCUCUAAACAUCAUUCACUUGAUGUUUCAGUAAUCUGCAUUUGAUAUAUAGUUGGAGGGAUUUUGUUAUUUCUUAGCAUUCUUGGGCUACUCAUCUGUCCAGCAUCUUAUUAACCUAAGCACUGUGAUCAUUGUUUGGAAAUCUGUCCUAUGGAAAGAAUAAAAGCAUUUACGUCACAUGUAUUUCACAGAUUUGAAAAACGUUUCAUUAAAACAUCGUUGUUCUCUUUACUGCA